AUGGCGAUGAUGAUGACUGGCCGUGUGCUGCUGGCGUGUGCCCUCUGCGUGCUGUGGUGCGGUGCUGCGUCGGCCAAUGGUAGUGAUGCUGCUGAAACGCACGAGGAUCCGUCGAGGGGAUUACAGUCUGCACCUCAACUCGGCCCUGCAAAACAACCUGAAGAAACAAAACCCAUCGAGGGGGUCUCGAACACCGCAGAACAAUCGUUGGAUGCACAAGAGGUAAAGAAUGGCAACCCUCCAAAAGGUUCUGUCAAACAAACACCAACACAAAAUGGCGGGAUGGAAGAAAAUCUAAAAAAGGGAGAAGGAAAAAAAAGUGAGAAGGAUGAGAAAGCAGAACAAGAAUUGGAGGGAGAUCAAGAACAACCACUGACACGUAAAGACACAACAGAAGACGAAAAGGAAACAACUCCAGCAUUGCCAGAAAAUAAAGAACCACCACCACCACCACCGGCAGGCGCAGCAACACCACCAGCAUCUGAUGGAAAUCAUCCCGGUGACAGUUCCAAAUUGAGGAAUUCUGCUUCUGAUGGUGACAUUCAACCUGCUGCUGACCGUAUGCAUUCCGGUGGCGGAGCCGGUUCUAUCCGUAACGGUGGAGGGGGAAAGCAAAGUGGCCAAAGUGGGGUUUCUGGCGGAGAUCACUUGCCGAAUCCUUCUUCUUCUUCCGGUAGUUUUCCACGACCUCCCACUCACGAUGGGAAGGGUGCUCCACAGGACCCUGGCGAGGAUUCAUCGCCUCAGAAUAAGAAAUCCCUUGAGAAAGUUGUACAGUCAGGAGCGUCUGUAGAUUCCGCAUUGCCCAAAGUGGACGAAGUUCAGAAAUCAGAACCCGAUCCUCAACAAAUAAGACCAGAAGCUCUUGUUACUGUUGGUGGAACUGGAAACGAGGCAAGGCGGGAGGCGGAGGGCAUGAACGAAGCGUCUAGUGGCAAACAAGUAACAAAUGAAAAGGAAGUAUUAUCACCACCAGCAGGAGGAAGUGCGCCAGAUCCUAACGGCACCCAUAAUUCACCAGAAACCAAUGCGGUAAACUCAGCGUCAGAAAACGAGCCGGAGUCCAACUCACUGGAACGGCCUUCAGGGGAUGGUGAGGCAGGGCAACAGGAUAAGGAGGCAGACACGCAGGGAACACAAGAAACGGAAGUGACGCAAGGAACAGCAGCAUCACCCGUCUCCACAAGUGGCAGUGGUGGUGCCCAGAGUGAGGCGGAUGCGGAUGGUGACGACCCUCAACGGCCUAACCCCGAAGGACCGCAGAACGACGGAACCGAAGCUGGCGAUACCCACGGUCCAACUGCAGCCAGCGAUGCAGCACCACAAGCAGCAAAAGCAAUCACCGCUCAAACAAAUGGUACGGUGACACCUGCCGACAGUGACGGCAGCACCGCGGUCUCCCACACCACCUCCCCUCUUUUGCUUCUUCUUGUUGUUGCGUGCGCUGCUGCUGCGGUGGUGGCCGCGUGA